ACCCACCCUCCCCAACCCGUCAUUCCGAGUUUUAUAACCACCGUUUUAGAGAAACUUCGAUUAUAAAUGACAACCGUGGAAUCUCUCUUAAGUAGUGUCGGGACCAAGCAAUCUUCUAUAAAGGCAAAAACAUGUUCUGUGGUAAUCUUUGUGUGAAUAGGCCCACAUUAGAUUAGUGCAAACCUCGACGUCAACUCACACGGCUUUUGGACUACACGUCCCAUGAAUCCCCUGUGAACACAAGCGUGCUGUUCUACGGCGCAUGCGCAGAAAGGCUAAAUAGGUAUGUUGGCCAAAACAGCGGGUGAUAAAAUGCACAAGUUAAAGUCAUCACAGAGAGACAAGGUUCGGCAGUUCAUGUCCUUCACGCAGGCAGGAGAGAGAACUGCUGUGUACUGCCUAUCACAGAAUGACUGGAAACUAGAAGUCGCGACCGAUAACUACUUCCAGAAUCCAGACCUUUACUACAAAGAGUCCAUGAAAAAUUCCGUAGAUCGCAAGAAGCUGGAACAGCUCUAUAACAGAUAUAAAGAUCCCCAGGAUGAGAAUAAGAUUGGCAUCGAUGGAAUCCAGCAGUUUUGCGAUGACCUGACCCUGGACCCGGCGAGCAUGAGCAUACUGGUGGUAGCGUGGAAGUUCAGAGCAGCCACGCAGUGCGAGUUUAGCAAGAAAGAGUUCAUGGACGGAAUGGCAGACCUUGGCUGUGACACUCCUGACAAACUGAAGGCCGCCCUUCCCAGACUAGAGCAAGAGCUAAAAGACAGGAAGUUUAAAGACUUUUACCAGUUUACCUUUAAUUUUGCCAAGAAUCCUGGGCAGAAAGGUUUAGAGUUAGAGAUGGCCGUGGCUUACUGGAAUCUAGUUCUCACAGGUCGCUUCAAGUUUUUGGAUCUUUGGAACAGAUUCCUGCAGGAGCACCACAAGCGUUCCAUCCCCAAAGACACAUGGAAUCUCCUUCUGGACUUCGGCAAUAUGAUUGCGGACGACAUGUCAAACUACGAUGAAGAGGGGGCGUGGCCUGUUCUCAUUGAUGACUUUGUGGAGUUUGCACGACCAAUUGUAAUGGGGAGCAAAAGCGACAUGACAUAGUGUUUGACUCGUGCUUUGAAUGGACUUAUCCCCCAAUUGUUUUUUUUUGUUUUUGUGAAUUAUAUAUAUAUUUUUUCAAGCACAUAAGCCAAAAAGACAUCUUCAGUCGUCUUGUCUGUUCGCGGAUGAAGCUGUGCCAAGAUGUUCUUACGCCGACUUCAAGUGGACUUGAGAAGUGACGGUCGUCUGGUACUUGGCAUUUAUGGACAAAACGUUCAUCGUGCUGCUGCGGACUUGGCUCACUGACCUAAAUCUUUUGCACAGCAGCGAGAGUGAGCUUUUGGUGCAGUAGUAGGUGCCGUCUUCCUUUUGUCCGUGAAUGGAACAGCACAUUAAGUCGCGCGUGUUUCUGUCGAACGAAGCCGUGCCCUUGGACGAUCUCGCUGACAAUCGCAGUGAGAGCUGAGCAAAAUGCGUAAUGUAUGAGUGGUUUGGUUCGGGUGCAUGAGGAGUAUUUUAAUUUGCUUUUACAAUUAAUAACAUGGUAAUUUACGUCUCCAUGUGGAAUGAGUUCAAUAUCCAGCUCUGCAUUUUGUACUCGAAUUUGACAGUUGACCGGAGGAGUAGACAUUUUGAGUUCAAUACCAGCAAAAUGACAGUAAUCGCAGUACUGUACCUAAUAAUUUGUAGUUGUACCUCAAUCGCAUACUCUCUUCAAACACAGCUGCCUUUUAUUUCUCAAUAGGUUUAAGCAACGUGUGAACUGUUUUCUCGCGUCCUGGUGAAUGCUGACCUGCCAACUACAAACUGCACUGAUUUACUCUGUUUUGCAUACUUUUAUCACAUUUAGCUGCUACAUUUUACAUCAUACAAGCCAUCAGUAUUUUUAAUGUAUUUUGUUGACACUGUUUGAGGUUUUGGUUUGACUCUCGGGAAGUUUUUCAUAAAAGGUGUCACUCUUGACAUUGCUGCUGCCAUCUAGGGGUGCCUGCGGGCAGUACAACGGCACCUGCAUCAAUUAAUCUCAUUUCCACGCACGAUCUUGCACUGCUGUCCGCAAAAAGCUGUCAUCUCGUAUGAUCUUGAAACCCUGCAUUGAAUGUGAAUGCUACAAAACAGGGUUUGUCCACAGUGAGCGAUGCCCGUGUUCGACAGCACCGGGUUGUUUGUGUACUCUAGUACGCCGAUGUGUACUUUGGGCACACCGUAGGUGUCUGCACACCCUUGUGGAAAUAUGCAGAUGAUGUGAAAGCUUAUGUAACUGAUUGCCGGUGACCUCAUUGCAUGACCGCAGAACAGGAAAAGGUAACGUUCGAUGAGCAACGCGUUACAUUUUGUGCCCGUCCUCUUUCUGGUUAACCCAAUAGUUUGACUUGGCAAAGGAGAGUGAUUGUUACGUCCCAAAGGUGUGUUUUACACAAGAAUUUCAAUAAAGCAUGCGUGUGAACUGGA